AUGUCCGCCAUGGAGUAUGAAAAUGAGAAUGGUCGUUACGACGACGACCGUCGCUAUGAUCGCGACCGUAGUGCUUCACCCCGUGGAGAUUCACGCGCCGACCGGGACCGUAGCCUUUCUCCAAGCCGUAAUGACGAUAGAGCACCAGCAGGCGACUCUCGGAAGAGUGCUCCUGGAAACGACGACGAAGAUGAAGGAGCUGUCAACCCAGGAUCCAACCUUUUUGUAACUGGAAUCCACCCUCGUCUCACCGAAGCAGACAUCUCUCGCUUGUUUGAAAAAUAUGGAGACGUGGAGAGCUGUUCUAUCAUGCUUGAUCCUCAUACCAAAGAGUCACGUGGGUUUGGUUUCGUCAAGAUGGUUACUGCUGAACAAGCCGAUGCCGCCAAGGAAGGCUUGCAAGGUGAGGUGAUCGAUGGACUCACUCUCAGCAUUGAGAAAGCUCGCCGUAGCCGUCCUCGCACACCUACUCCCGGCAAAUACUUUGGCCCACCUAAGCGAGACCCUCGCCGAGGUCCUUCACGUGGAGGCCGUGACCGUUACGACGAUCGCCGUGGCUACGGCGGUGGUUCUCGUCGCUAUGAUGACUAUCGAUAUGGUCGCUACGACUCUUACGGUCGCCGUGGUGGCGAGUACCGCGAUGACCAUGGAUACCGUGGAGGCGGUGGACGUGAAUACGGCCGGGACUAUGGCCGCGAUUACGGCCGUCGUGAUGAUUACCGUGACGACUAUGGUUCAUAUCGAGGCGGCGCUGCUGGCGGCAGUGGUGGUGACCGCUAUGGUUCCCGUGAAGAACGUUACCCUCGUGGUGGAGAGGAACGUCGUGGUGGUGACGACCGUCGCAGCGGCUACUAUGACCGUGAUGCCAACCCUCCCAGCUACGACCAGGCCCCUCCUCGCGAAAACCGUGAACCCUACAACGGCGGUGGUAGCGCUGCCGGUGGUCGAUCUUACGAGGGUCGGGGAGAGGAGCGUUACGGCAGCAGGUAAGUUUUUGAAUGCCGAUUGAUCUGGAUAUGAUCCGGCAGAGGAACUUGAGGGUUUGUGUUUUGGCUCUCACCCUUUUUCCCCUUUCCCCUUUUUCUCUUUUUCCUCAGAAGUUUCAAUUCUUCAUUUGUAUUCCUCGGUAUAUUCCAUUCUGUUUCGUGCUGGGCUCGGGCGCGAAGGGUGACGGUCGGCGGAACGCCUUAAUAAUAUCCCUUAUUUCAUCACCUCUGUGCGUUCGAAACUCAGAAGUCACGGCUUUGGCACGUCUACCGUGUGUCGGCGGUACGAAACAUCGCCAGACAAAUAUUGAACACCACCGACCUGUAUCAACUCUUACACAUUCUUGUCGUCCAGAUUUUGCGCACCGCCAUGAUGUUUCUAUCUACUUGUUUCAGUCCUCUCAGGAUA